AUGUCAAGUCCUAUGUCCUACUGGAUCUUAAAUUCUGCAAGGAACAGCAUUGCCACAUUACAAGGGGGCAGGCAUUUAUAUUCAAGGUGUGUCUCAAGUAGGAAUAAAUCAAAAAGGACGCUCUUUUCCUGGGUACCAACCACCCUAAAAAACAAUGCCCCAUGUGGUGGCUUUGCUCUGCCGAAAGCCUACAGACACACAUCGACAGAGGAAGACGAUUUCCACCUGCAGCUCAGCCCUGAGCAAGUAAAUGAAGUGUUGCGAGCCGGUGAGUCAGCCCACAAGAUUCUUGACCCCGUCAGCGGAGUUCCAAAUUCGGUGUUGCGGUUUGAGAGCAACCAGCUGGCUGCCAAUUCCCCAGUGGAGGACCGGCGAGGUGUGGCCUCCUGCCUGCAGACCAACGGGCUGAUGUUUGGUGUCUUUGACGGACAUGGUGGCCAUGCAUGUGCUCAAGCAGUAAGCGAGAGGCUCUUCUACUACGUGGCAGUGUCGCUGAUGUCUCAGCAGACCUUGGAGCAGAUGGAGGGAGCGAUGGAAAGCAUGAAGCCCAUGCUGCCCAUCCUGCAGUGGCUCAAGCACCCAGGGGACAGUAUCUACAAGGAUGUCACGUCAGUGCACCUUGAUCACCUCCGGGUCUACUGGCAGGAGCUGCUUGACCUGCACAUGGAAAUGGGACUGAACAUUAAGGAAGCAUUAAUGUACUCCUUCCAGAGACUCGAUUCUGACAUCUCCCUGGAAAUCCAGGCCCCUUUGGAAGACGAGAUGACAAGGAACCUUUCGCUCCAGGUUGCUUUCUCUGGGGCAACAGCUUGCAUGGCCCAUGUGGAUGGGGUUCACUUGCAUGUGGCAAAUGCUGGUGACUGCCGGGCCAUCCUUGGUGUCCAGGAGGACAAUGGCAUGUGGUCUUGUCUGCCCCUUACCUGCGACCACAAUGCCUGGAACCAGGCUGAGCUGUCACGGCUGAAGAGGGAGCAUCCUGAGUCAGAAGACAGGACAAUCAUCAUGGACGACAGGCUGCUGGGCAUCCUCAUGCCCUGCAGGGCAUUCGGGGAUGUCCAGCUGAAGUGGAGUAAAGAGCUGCAGCGCAGUGUCCUGGAGCGGGGCUUUGACACCGAGGCCCUCAACAUUUACCAGUUCACCCCCCAACACUACUACACUCCACCCUACCUGACUGCUGAGCCUGAGAUCACAUACCACAGGCUGAGGCCCCAGGAUAAGUUCCUUGUGCUGGCGUCAGACGGCCUGUGGGACGUACUGGACAAUGAGGAUGUGGUGAGGCUGGUGGUGGAGCACCUAAGUGAAGCGGGUCGGCACAAGCCAGACCUGGCCCAGAGACCAGCCAACCUGGGGCUCAUGCAGAGCCUGCUGCUGCAGAGGAAAGCCCAGGGGCUUCACGUUGCCGACCAAAAUGCAGCCACACGUUUGAUCAGACAUGCCAUAGGGAGCAAUGAGUAUGGGGAGAUGGAUCCCGAGCGGCUGACCGCGAUGCUGACGCUGCCAGAGGACUUGGCGAGAAUGUACAGGGAUGAUAUCACCGUCACUGUGGUGUAUUUUAACUCAGACUCAAUUGAUGCAGUUGAUAAGAGAGGUUAAAAAUUUCUCAUCCUAUUGCCAAGGUUAAUUUAAAUGUUCUAAGGUAUUUUCACUUAUUCUUAAACUGGCUAUUCAAACCUGUUAAAGGGGCAGUUGGUGUAGUUUGCUUAAUAAUAGCCUCAUGUGAGAAGAAAAGAAAGCAAGCAGCCUAAGUUUAAAAACAAUAGCAGUGAUUCCAUGUCCCUGGGUGUUUGGGUCACCUCUUCCAAGCAGAGAGGGCAGAGCAUGGAGACAUAAAAUUUGCUUGGGCUCAUGUAGCCAGGUCCUUUUGUAAAGAAACUGUUGUUAAACUGUGUCAGCUUGACCCUCCAAAUGGUAAACUUUUUUUUUUUAAAUAUGUUUUUAUUUAUUUUAGAGAGAGGGAAAAGGAGAAGGAUAGAAACAUCGAUAAGAAACAUCAAUUGGCUGCCUCCAGCACACCUCAAGCCUGCAACCCAGGCAUGUACCCUGACCAGCAAUAGAACCCAGGACCUCUUGGUUCAUGGGUUGAUGCUCAACCAUUGAGCAACCCUGACUGGGCUCCAAGUGGUAAAUUUAAUCAUAAUUCUAAACAUGAAGAACUAAAGGAUCUUCUGAGGUUUUGCUGCAAAACUGCAAACUUGAUAAUUUUCCUCAAUUCAUAAUCAUGGACUUCUAGACUAUGAAGGGAGGUUUUGUUUGUUUGAUUGUUUUAAUUACUAAGACCUAGGUUUACAAAGGAUAUUACAGAACACUUUUUCUAUGCAACAUUCUAACCUUUCUCAUGAUUACACUUGUGAAAACAUUUUGUAGUGCUGCAUUCUAGUCCUAUUUUAGUUUAUUUUAAAACUGAGUCCUCAAACUUGCCAACAGGCCUGCUGUCAGCAUGCUUGGAAUGACCUGUCUUGGUUUCCAGCUGAGGGUGAGAGGAGCUAGGCCUCUGGACCAGCGGAAUUUACUUGUAUGGCUUUUGGUCCCUUCCACUGGAGCCUAUCCCCUGAACU